CCCGGAGCCGCGAGCAGGGAGCGCGGAGCCGGGAGCCGAGUGUGCCGGGCUGGGGCCGGGGCGAGAGCGCAGCGAAGAGGGAAGGCGCCCGCCCCAGCCCCGAGUCCUGCCGACUUCCCUCCCGCCGCAGCGCCAGCCCAGAGGCCGCCGCCCCAGCCAUGGAGCAAGACAACAGCCCCCGGAAGAUCCAGUUCACGGUCCCGCUCCUGGAGCCGCACCUUGACCCCGAGGCGGCGGAGCAGAUUCGGAGGCGCCGCCCCACUCCUGCCACCCUCGUACUGACCAGCGACCAGUCCUCUCCAGAGAUAGAUGAAGACCGGAUUCCCAAUCCACUUGUCAAGUCCACUUUGUCAAUGUCUCCACGGCAACGGAAGAAGGUGACGAGGACCACUCCCACAAUGAAAGAGCUCCAGAUGAUGGUUGAACAUCACCUGGGGCAACAGCAGCAGGGAGAGGAGCCUGAGGGAGCUGUGGAGAGAACAGGGCCCCAAGAGUCCUGCCCCCCUGGGAUCACAGACACAGAAGCAGAGUCAAGGCUGAGCACCUCUGGCACAGCACAAAAGCCUGCAGGAGCCAUCCCUAAAACUCAGCAGCGGGGCAGUGAGGAACCCAGCACAGAGGCACCCUCCACCCAUAUACAGCCAUUGGAUUCCCAGGGAGCCAACUCGGUCUGAGUGAAGAAGUUAUCCUGGAAUCAAGACUGCACAUUGACAAGGCAUGGACACUGGAUUUAUUUCUUCACUUUUGGGAAAAAUCUCUUGUUUUUAAAAUGUGAUAAAUUUGGUGUUAGGUC